CUCUGGUUCUUUAGAGUCUUCUUUGAAAUUGAAGACUUCUGCAGAUGAGAGGAAUGAAGUAGAGUAGAGCUUCACUGACAAACGUCUGCGAUGAUACAAAAAGAGUUGGCGACAAAAUGUUUGAGAGGGUAGCAGAAAUCAAUAGAAUAAAAGAUGUCUACUAUCUACUGAGCUCGGUCAUUGUUUGAAGACACGGUGCUCGUUUUGGUUGACGUUUUUCACAAAGUAGCACAAAUGAUGGUGCCUUCCUGCUCCUGUAGUACUUUUUUUUUGGAGUCUGCAUUCGUUUUAGUCUGCCGCUGCCCACCACGCACUUUCUGAGCGCAAGAAUUGUCUCUGUGAGGAAUCAGAAGCUAUGUCCUCUGGUGGAUCGUCGUGUGCCCCGCCCUCGAGUUCUGCUACAGCAGCCUCAGGGGUCGCCAAUAAUGCACUGGCACAGCGACCGGGCGGUAUCUGUGCUGCCGAGUGCAAAUUCGUUUACGGUACGGGGAGUUACAGAUUUGUACUGCAGAAGGACUCGAUCGCGAGGAGUUCCAGCAGCACCCUGUCUUCUUUGUCCGCGCCCGCAGAUCAUGCAGUAACGGACACAGAGGAAGCGACACCACCGGGCGCCGUAAGAAUCACCGGCACAGUGGUUGUGGGUUCGAAUGGGACAACGUGCGUCAUUACCAACGGAGUUCUCUCCGCGUUGGAGCUUCGGUACCGGUUGGACUGUUUGAGCACCGGCUGCCCCCUUUGGCAAGUCGAAGCUUCCCGCUGCAGUUUAGUGGAGUACUCUGGAGAAUAUUUUUCCCUAAGAACGAGGAGCCAGCAGGACGGCAAGGGGGCGCCGUGCUCAGUGCUCUUCACUGGAGUAGAUGGCGCCCGGUCUUUAAUUGGCCGGGACGGGCCAGACGCAGUUGCGGAGCGGAGCGGCGUGAACAAGAGGCCGGCGGGUAUCACUGCUAAGAGGGCCGACGCCUACUUUGGUUAUUUAUUUUCAUGUGAGGGUCUAGGAUACCUACAUAGUUCUCGCCGUCCAACCCAUCUAAUCUUGCAAGAGGAAGCGAGAAGACCUCACUCCGAACUGCAUCAAUGGAGGAAAAGGAACCUGUUUGAAAGGUUGUACUCAAGGUAAGAAACUGAAAAAAAGCACGAAGUGAACAUAUCUUAUCUACAGGCGAUAUCAGCUGCGGUGCCGGUGCGCGGUUGGCUGAACUGUUUCUGACGUCUGCACGCAAGGAAUCAAUGCGUCAAUUCUUGACGAUGCGGGAGUAUGACGAGGAGCGCAAGGGCUAUCUGAGCCUGAAGAGGGGCGGGGUUCCGAAAGUAGUGGAGAUCCUCGAGGACAAGCUGCCCGCGAUAGUGGAAAAAGAGAAGGAGCACACUCGUCCCAACGCCGGCAAGGAGUUAUGGGUGUACCGCCUGACCCGAUGGGGCGAAAUAUUGAAGAAGGAGGUAGAGAGGGAACAGGCGGAGGCCGAAAACUCUGCCAAGCGGGCCAGGUCCGGGCGCUAGCGAUGCUGGAAGGGCAGAGCGAAGUAGAGCCUUUAGCUCAACACGCGCGCACACGUCUCCAGAAAACGAAAACCUACCGCAGUCAUCUUUUCACUUUUGUAAGGUACUUAUAGGAUACUGCCUUGUCCUCACUAAAUGCAUUUUUCUUACAAUAGAAGGGGCAUUGAUACAAGGCUAGCACUCUUCUAAAUUUUUCUGCUAAAAGCGCUGACAUUUAUUCCGCUAAAUCAAGCACCGUUUUUCGUUGUUAACCGACACCAAAGCUGCAAGAAAACUGUGAAGAGGAUAAAGAGCUUUUCUCUGUGGGGGAGACAAACACAAUAUUUUGCCAUAACAUAAAUCAUUUCAUUUCAUGAAGGAUGGACAUGAAACAUGUUCCGCUUCAUCAAAGCAUGAGCAAAGCGGAAAGGGCAUCGAUUUGGCCGCGAUUCAAAGACACCAGUCUCGUGUUCGAGGAAGUAGUGCGUGUGCGCUCAUUUUUUUCUUCCCG